AUGGUGAAUUUUUUAUAAGAAUCGUUUCAAGGAUUCAAAAAUGGAACGCGAAUUUAAAAAUAAUUUAAAACAGUGAUACAUUUUUUAUUGUAAAAAAGACGUUGCGCAGGACAAUAGUUUUCCUAACUCCAUUGUCCAGUCGAUGCCGUAGGGUCACCGAGUCGCGAGACGAGAGUUUAUACCCGCGAAAUGCCGGCCCGGCAUCAUAACGACUAGUACUAUGGCGGCAAUCGCAUGCGCCGUGCUUGCCGUAUUGUCGGCACACAUCGCCGCGGCGCGGGAGUGCAUCGAACUUACUAUAUCUGAUAACACUAUCAUCACCGAGAGUAUACUAAACAGUACGAUCCUAAAGUUGUCUUCGAAAAAUGAGACAUUUGAGGAAAGUGUCCCGGUUAACGUGGUGGAGUUGUGGGAGAGGUUCCCGAAGGUUGUGGUGCUCAGGAAUAGUACGGGAGAGCAGUGCCGUCGGGACAGCCAGCUUUACGUCGACAGUCUGGAAAAACUGGAGCUAUGGGCGCUGAAAAUGUUUGACGCAACGGCCAAGCCCCCGUCAGGCAUACUGAGCGGCAACGGCAACCAAUAUGGAGACUUUGACGAAUGCCUCAGCGUGGAUGGUGCGGUGCGCGGGAAGUACUGCUUGGCUUCUCUUCUGCUUAGCUUCGAAGACAAGAAGUAUGAGAAGUUGGACUACUUGGUGCACAGCGGACAUUAUAUUAAAAGCAAUAUUACUGAUAUGGGCCACAGAGUGCCCAGGUUCUCCAGUUUGCUGUGGGGCGUCUGCAUACCAAGCUCCUGCAGCAGCUUUGACUUGGAGGAGGAGCUGUCCCAGAGGCUGUCAGGUCUUGGAGUAUCAGUCCGCGUACACAACACCAUGUGUACGGUGAAGGACGUCAGACGACCUUACUCCUUUGGAAAGGCGCUAUCUAUAACUUUCUUCCUUGCAAUAUUACUACUUCUGAGUCUGGGAACGAUAUUCGACGACGGCAAGGAAGGGAUGACGAAUUUCGAGAAAUUGCUAAACGCGUUCUCCUUGAAAAGGAAUUUGAGGAAGGUGUUUGAUUUGUCAGACUCGCCGACGAAGGUGAAGGGAAUCGACGCUUUCAGAGGAAUGAAUGCGUUCGCGUUGCUCAUCGCUCACAAAUCUAUGGCGAUGGCUCAUAGCCCCUACGUCAAUAAAGUCAGCUUUUCUGAGGUGUUUGGCAUGCCAUGGGCUGUAAUCGGUCGUUCAGCAAUACUAUAUACAGACAGCUUCUUGUACCUAAGUGGAUUCCUAAACGCCCACAACCUUCUACAAGAACUGGACAGGAAAGGAACCAUUGAUUUGAAGAACAGAUUGGUUGGAAGGUGGUUCAGAUUAUUCCCACUCUUCGUGAGUCUGAUGCUGUUCUGCACAUACAUCCUGCCUGAUAUCAGUAACGGCCCCCAGUGGAACCUGGUCGUGGAGGAGCACAGCAGGGUCUGCGAGAAGAACAUGUGGAAGAGUUUCCUCUUUAUUCACAACUACUUCGGAUUUGAGGAGAUGUGUCUAACCCAUACGCAUCAAAUCGGCAUGGACAUGCAAUUGUACGUGGCGACGCUGCCGCUGAUGGUGUUGAUCUGGAAGGCACGGACCCUCGGCUGGAGCCUGCUGGUGGGUAUCGCUGCCGCGUCCACCCUCCUCCGAUACCUGGCCAUACACUGGUACGACAUCAGCAUGUUCGUCUACUACGGAAUAUCAGUCCAGAAGCUUUUAGAUGCCGCCAGAUAUUCGUACAUACUUCCCACGCACAGAGCAACCAUCUACCUUAUAGGUGUUGUGAUGGCGUACUUCAUGAGAUCAAAGAAGUUCAACAUUUCACUAUCCAGUGCGCAAGUGAAGCUCCUCUGGGCAUCGUGUUUCGCGCUGGCCGCGUUCACGAUCGUGAGCCCGUAUCGGAUGGGGCUGGAAGGGUACAAAUACGAGCAUGGACCCGCGGCUUUGUUUGCCGCCUUCUCGCCUAUUUUGUGGGGCAUCUUUAUGUCCAUGAUGCAUUGGGCUAUAUGCAAUAAUUAUGCAGGAUCUGCCACAGCAUUCCUGGAGUCAAGGCCGUUCAAAUUCUUCAAUAACAUAGCCUACAGCGUUUACUUAACGCAGUUCCCAAUUUUCUUCUACAAUGUUGGUGUGCAAAGACAUGCAGAGUUCUACACGCCUUUACUACUCCUGCAUGCUCCCGAAAUGCUGGCAGUCCUAGUGAUAUCAAUAAUGGCGACUGUGGCCAUCGAGAUGCCCUUCAACCAAGUGUACAGGAUAUAUUUCGGUAAUUCACAGAAAAAAUUAAAGGAGAUAUAGAAAUGAAGACAAAUUAAAAUAAUGAGUGCUGUGUUAUUAUAAUUAAUAUUUAGAAGUAGCCAAAAACAUCACCUAGGUAUUUAAAGCGUAUGACUAUUUUUAUAUUUUGAAUACUUAGACGUAAUUUAAGACAUAAUGGACAAAUAAAAUAAAACUUUUUUAUUUAUAAAA